AUGUACGCCGAGGACCGUAACAUCGUGGUCCUCCUCGACAACGCAAGUAGCCACAUCAUCAAGAUCGACGAUGCGACCUCGGAAGACCUUUUCGGCUUUCGCACCCGCUCUCUCGGCAACCGGUGCUGGUGGCACACGGGGUGUAUCCCGCGUUCGUGGGUCAUGGACCUCGCCCACGUGGGCGCAGCCGGCAUCAAUGCGAGCGGCAGCGUGAACGACGUUAAUGCCGCGCUCCCGAUCGAUCUCGAUGAGGAGAUCGGGGACGUAGACAUUCUCAUUGCCCGUCUUGGACUCGGGCCCAGUGCCAUGCCAUCAACCAAGUUUAUCGCAAUCGACGACGACCAGCCGACGUGCGCCGAGUUCGGUGAGGACCCACUUGUGCUUGAGCCAGCUACAACGUAUUCGGGGGCGUCGUGGGAGGCGCCCACCUCCAUGCAGGCCGUGUACGAGGACGAGAACCCCGAGACGCGCGAGGCGAGGCGCACGGCACGGGAGGCAUGUGAGAUGCUGACUGGCUACGCCCAUGCCACCUGCAUCACGCCGUGCAACAUCCCCCCCCUCAACCUCAACGCGACGCCUCCGCCGGCUCCUCGGCCUGCUGCCAUCGCCGAGGAUACCCAGAUGUAA